AUGAGUGAUGGUGGCAACGGGCAAGACUCCGGCCAGGCGUCGCGGGAGCGCGUGCGACACUUCCUCGCGGGCACGCUAGCCGGAGCCGCUGGCGUGUUCGUUGGUCAUCCCUUUGACACCGUCAAGGUGCGGCUGCAGACGCUGCCUGGAGCGUUCAAAGGACCGCUGCAGUGCUUCGUGCAGACGCUGCGCCGGGAGGGCGUGCGCGGGCUCUACAAGGGCCUGUCGUCGCCCAUCACCGGCGACUCGCUCACCAACUGCCUGGUGUUCGGCGUCUACGGCCUCACGCGGCGCGCGCAGCUGGAGACCGACCAGACCGAGGAGCACUUCCCCCUGCUGAGCCUCACCCAGAUCGGGUUGGCCGGCGGUGCGGCCGGGCUGAUCGGCGGGCUUAUCCAGUCGCCCGUGGAGCUCAUCAAGAUCAAGCUCCAGGUCCAGACCGGCACCGGCGCGGCGCGGCUCUACUCGGGGCCCAUCGACUGCAUCAAGAAGAUCGUCAGGGCCGAUGGGCUCAAGGGUCUGACGCGGGGCCUGGGCGCCACCUGGUGGCGCGACAUCCCAGGCUUUGGGGCCUAUUUUGUAGUCUAUGAGGGAUUAAGGAGGCAAUGGGCGGAUGACCCGCUUCGACCAGACGACGUGUCGCCGGUGAAGCAGCUGGUGGCGGGUGGUCUGGGCGGCAUCGCGGCGUGGGGCAUCUCGUACCCGAUCGACGUGAUCAAGUCCCGGCUGCAGACCAACCCGGAGUACAAGGGCAUGUGGGACUGCGCGGUGAAGAGCUACCGAGCCGAUGGCCACCGGGUCUUCUUCACCGGCCUGGGCACCACCGUCGUGCGCUCCUUCCCGGUGAACGCCGUCAUCUUCCUCGUCUACGAAGUCCUCAUCAAGACCAUCCCUGCUUGA